AAGAAAAGGCGGAAUACUUCCGGGACUCAGUGCGUUCAGCCAGUUACGGCAUUGGGACCGUGGCGAUCCUUCAAGAAACAAAGCGCAUGUGUCUGGUGCUGGGGUUGAUCACCAGUGGUCCAUCUUCCACAUCAGUAGCUGAAACAGUUGACAGUUUGAAAGAAAUGAAGACGAGCAGAGGCCCCAGGUCGUCUGAAAGGAGCCAACUGAGCAGGGGUGUCGGCGAGGAGAGGAGAGCACGUGGAAGCAGAAGACCUGAGAAGAAGAUCUAUGCAGCAGCACCUGCUCUGCCACCAGAUGCCACCACAGACGCUCAGCACUCGUCCACCAGCAUGCGUUCACAAUUCAAGUCCGGCGCCUCCAUAGCUGCACAGUCUGCUGCCACCUGCAGGCUGUGCCAUGGAACCUUUCCUCCACGCAGUCUGCGGCAUGCUUUCAACAAAUGGUCUCAGGAUUCUGUGGACGUCCUCCAUGAUACAUCCUGCUCUACGUCGCCCCCUUUAUUCCAUGCCGACUUCCAGCGACUGGUGGGGGUGCGCUUGGACCCUGAUCCCCGAUUGUCAGAGUUUGUGUGUAAGAAAUGCCACAGCACGUUCUACAAGUGCCACAGCAUCCUGAUUCGCUUUCUGCAGACGGUUAAUGUCCCGCCUGUUGGAGAAGAGCACCCAAAAAGCAGGCGUGGUCCAGUCGUUCCAGAAGCUUCAGUACAGUACGGGUCCACAUCAUCACGGUCCGUUUCGUCAGACCCGACGUGCCUGCACAGGCUGGUGUCGUGGGCCCACCACCAUGGGGAGUUGUGUAAGUCCUGCCCUGACCUGAAGGAGGUGCUGGAGGGGAGGUGCUGGGGCUAUGUCAAGGCGGUGUGGUGUUGUGUUGACGGGCACAGCUACACGAUGGACACACAGUGUGGCGACGGCCCAGACAGUGGAGGAGGAGAGAGUGGCGGGGUUGAGGAGUGUCAAGAAAGGAGUUGGGCAGCGGUCGCGGUUGCUGCGGCACAGCAGAGUCCACCCGCUGUCACACCACGGAGCCAUGGAUCAGCGCCAGCGGACUGCAACACUGAAGAUCCAAAGGAGAUGCCUGCCCCACCCCUGAAGCAGCAAAAAGACAUGUUGGUUGAUAGUGACCUGUCUGACAGAGUGUUCUCGGAGGAGGAGUUUGAGGAGAGAGGAAAGAACUUGUCAGAGGAUGAGUCGUUUGAGACGUGCUCAGAGCAAAGACCCAACAAGCCACAACAAAUGCCAAAUGUCUCAUGGGAGCCUAAAGUCAAAAAGAAACCUGGACCCAAACCCGGCUGGAAGAACAAAUUCAAAGCCAAAGGGGAGGAGGUACCCAACAUCUACAAGUGUCCACAUGAGGGCUGUGCUGCCGUCUACAGAGCUCCUGAUGGUCUGAAGAAGCACAGGAAAGAGCAUCAUGACAAGGUGAGAGAGCGACCCUGUCCUCACCCAGGAUGCAACAAGGUGUUCACCAUCGACCGUUACUUGCAGCGCCACGUCAAGUUGAUCCACACAGAGGAGAGGAAUUACAUCUGCGACCAAUGUGGACAAACCUUCAAACAAAGAAAACACCUUUCAGUUCACCAAAUGAGACAUUCAGGAGCCAAACCACUACAGUGUGAAGUUUGCGGCUUCCAAUGUCGGCAGCGGGCGUCACUCAAGUAUCACAUGACCAAACACAUGGCGGAGGCGGACCUGGAGUUUGCCUGUGUGAUGUGCAGCAAACGCUUCGAGAAAGCCCACAAUCUCAACGUGCACAAGUCCAUGGUCCAUCCGCUCACUCAAAGGCACGUGCACAAGGAAGGCAUCCACCGGUAGCAGCCACACACUUUUUCCAAUUUGCAUGCAACGGGGAGGCGGGGCCUACAAGAGUAAGACAAAUGACAACAGGCGAGCCAAGUAGUCCUGGGGCCUGUACUACCGAGCAUCCUGGAUAAGUGUGAUGAUUCAGGGUGGAUAUGCUGUACUACAUAGAUGGUUGACUUCAUAGCUGGAUACGUAACCAUGAUAACCCAUCCACUGGAGCUGUGCAUCCAUAUGGAAAAGAAAUAGAAAAAACUUUCAGUUUAUGUUUGAUAUAUUGUGCAUCAUAUAUGAUUUACUCAUGACAGCGGACACUUUUUUAAUGCAAGAAAUAAAGUCUUGUGAAAACUAUGAAUGUGGUUUAUACUGUAAGUAUGCCAACAUAUGUUUCCUAUUUAUGUGUCUGUUUUAAAGACAUAUAUUCUAACAAUACAUUUUAAUUUUAUUGCACUUAAACUUUUGGCAAUCUCAAAGUGCUUUAUAGCAAAACAUAUAAGCUUUGCCCUGCGAUUGGCUGGCGACCAGUCCAGGGUGUACCCCGCCUGUCGCCCGAAGUCAGCUGGGAUAGGAUAGGAUAGCAUGCCCCCGCCACCCUAAUGAGGAUGAAGCGGUAUAGAAAAUGGAUGGAUGGACAUAUGAGCUUUAUAAACUAAACAGGACUGUAAAAUGGAAAUUGUAAAUUUUACGGUAAAAAACUGGCAGCUCAGUUGCCAGACCAGUUGUACCAUAUUUCCAUUUACAGUAAAGACUGAUCGUUGUUUAAAUAUUAAAGUGCACAAUGUAAUGUUUUUAUAUGGCAAUAAAAGUGUGUUUUACCAAUUA